ACCCCACACUUGAUGCCCUUUUACGUCUCCUUGCGUAGGCACCGAACAUCCCUCAUAGAUUUUCGCGCGUGAGCAUGAAUCUGGCGCGUUUAUGUCGAGCAGGAUUUAACGUCGGAAUACCUUAAACCGUGUCAGGCCCUUGAACCAACUCGUAGACUUCGUCAAAAACUGCGCUUGUUAAACAGGCUCGAAGGCGGAUUGAGCACUUGACAUGCGCACGGGUGAGAAUAGUCCAAUCCUUUUUUCUUUCUUUCUAUUUUAUUUUCAAUUUACUCCUCACUAACGAGAUGCAUGUAUGCUUCUCGUAAUCGAUUCCCCAUGGUGAGGGGAGCCGCAAUCCCUCUUCUAUCAGCGAUGCCGUCCAUGCGCAGCCUAAGCUAUUUGGCUGCCAUCGCUGCUUCUUCUUCGUUGUCGUCGUCGUCGUCGUCGUCGCAGCAAAUUGGACGGGCCAGCUCCAGAGUCUCGCACGUUUACCGAGCGUCGCAGCUGCAGCAGACAAUCGCGACGACGGCGACGCGAAUUGGGGUGGGGCUCCACUCUGGGCAGGGAGCUACGGUGAAGCUCGUGCCAGCCAGAGCUAACGAGGGGCGCUAUUUUGUGAAGCUGCACCGCAAGGAGCCAGCGGUGAUUGUGCCCGCAAUCGUGAACAACACCAUCGACACGAGGCUGAGCACAUGCUUGGGGCGGAACGGCUCUACGGUGCGCACGGUGGAGCAUCUCAUGUCCGCAUUGGAGGGUUUAGGGGUAGACAACUGCCGGAUUGAAAUUGAGGGCGGGAAUGAAGUGCCGUUGCUGGACGGCUCGGCGCGGGAGUGGGUCGAGGCGAUUGAGGAAUCUGGCUUGUCCAUUGCAAAAGACUACGCGGGUUUUGGCAGUGCUCGGAAUGCAUAUGUACUCGACUCGCCCAUCACUGUGCACCAGGGGGAUUCGUUUGUAGCGGCGUUUCCGUCGCCCUUCACGCGUCUCACUUACGGUAUCGAUUUCCCCCACGUCCCAGCGAUAGGAUUGCGGUGGUUCUGUUGGACUCCAUCUGGCCCCAGCUCUUACAAGCACGAGGUGGCACCGGCGCGCACCUUCGGCAUUGCGGAACAACUAGAGCAGCUGCGUGCAGCGGGGCUCAUCAAGGGCGGCUCCUUAGACAACGCCCUAGUGUGCAGCACGGAGGAAGGCUGGCUAAACCCUCCUCUCCGCUUCGACGACGAGCCAUGUCGCCAUAAGCUCCUCGACCUCAUUGGCGAUUUAGCAUUGUGCGCCGCACCGGGUCACCCUGGCCUCCCCAUCGCUCACAUCGUCGCCUUCAAGGCCAGUCAUGCUCUUCAUGUCAAAUUCGGCGCCGCUCUUCUUCAACACCAGAUGAAACUUCACAACCUUGUCCAAGUCUGAGCAUCACUUCAUCACACAACCCGUGAGCUUGCAUCGGAAUCGACCCCAAUUUCGAGGUUUCGUGGACGGUAAGCUUCAUAAAUUUCACCAGAUAACACUGAUCCGGCAACGAUGUGUAGCUGGAAUGAUUCGGUGAGCUCCACCGUUUCUUAAACCCUUGCUCGAGGCAAUCCGGUGUGCACAGUGUCUCUCCGCCUGCCUCCCUUAACCAGGCGCAAGACAAGCUUAGGGCUGAAUUCCUGUGAUAUUUUAUUUUUUAAAAAUUUUGUGCCAUAAAUGUUGCAGUUUUAGAGAUGGGUCCCUCGUAAUUUGGUGUGUUCGGCGCUAGUUCGAAGUGGCGUUCACAGUUAUGCAAUCUUUUUUUCAUACCAUGGUAGGGGAUUGUGCGGCAUGGAGCUCCAAAGAUGCUCAUUCAGGUUGAGGAUGAGUGUUUUUUCUUUGGUUGUGUGGGUCGUUGCCUGUUCUGAGUGACCGAGGAUUGAAGAAUUGUUCGUUCACUUUUCUCAAGUAAGAGUUUGUUUUUUAUUUUAAUUCAAUUCCUCUGUUUGUUAGUU